AUGCUUCGGCCUAGGUUCCUAUUCACGGUUCGUAAGAGCGUUCGAGCAGUCUUAGCGGCCAGCGGGUCACGCGACCCUACACCGGCCUUGACCGACGCGUACCCGUCGCAAUCCCUAUCUAUUCCCUCGCACCUGUCGUCGCUUGAUCGGCUCUUUUCUGCGAAUUCGUCGCACGGACGGCUGCCGUCGCAACCCCCGUUGCACUGCGUGUCGCAACGGCUUUCGCAAGCGGACUGCCCCGAUCAACACGCUGCUGGCGAUCCUCGUUUUAAGGUGUCCCAACACAAUGAUCGGCGGCCGUACGCGGUAGAGAGUGUUUCGAAUGGCGGGCCAGCAGGUGGAAGGUCAGCACCGGGAGUGGCAGCACCGGAGGUGGCGGCAGCAGAGGCAGAGACGAGCUAUGGAGGGGAGACAAGGAGAGAAGCGCAGCGGGAGAGGGAGAUCAACAUUGUGCCUGUCAUUCUCAACCUAGCCAUUCAGCCUCCCCCUCCCACUGCUUCCGCUGGCGCUCAAAUGGUAAAGGUGCAAAGGAAGGGUAGAGGGGGAAGAAUGGGCGUGGAUGAGUUGCGGGCGCGGCUGCAGCAGCAGUGGCAGCACUGGCUGGCUCGCAGCAGCAGCAGCAGCAGCAGCAGCAGCAGCGUGCGUCGCAGACACGCGACGAGGAGAACUCAAAGCAGCAAGAGCGGAGAGGAGGAGGUGACAGGUAUUAGAAAUACUCACGGAGACCAGGAAACCACAGGCACAUGCACCGGCAGCAGUCACCGUGGAGGGUCCUUCCAGGAGGUGAAAAAGCCACAAGGGAGGAGGCUGACGGCAUACCACGUGAGCGAGGUGCUCAAAGCUCUCUGCGAUGCUGACGCGGGUCUGGCGUUGUUCCGGUGGGCCAAGGACGUGCAGGGAGUGACGCCGGACGCGCAUGUGUACUCGAGCCUCUUUGGGCUGCUGGGGCGAUUGAAGAACGCUGCUGGACUGGAGGGGUUAGAGAAGGAGAUGAGGGAUGAUGGGUGUGGUGACAACGUGAUCACGCUGCAGGCGCUUGCUACUGCGUACUCGCGUGCGGGGAAAUACGAUGAGGCGCUUGCGACACUGGAUGAGAUAGAGCACAAGGAUGAAACGCUUACGCUUAGCCCAUUCUCAUUCGGGGUGCGAGUGGACGUGCUAUACCGCAUGGGCCGAUACCGGGACGUGAUCAAGACGUUCCACAAAAUGCGGGAAGCCGGCUAUGCCCCCGACGCGUUUGUCUACAGCACAGUGCUCACCUGCUACGGCCGCCUGGGGAACAUCAUUGGCGCAGAGCUGGCGUUCAGGGAGAUGCUCUCCCAGGGGAUGCCGCUCAGUGUGUUCUGCGCCAACAGCCUCAUGGAUGGGUAUGGCCGGGCUGGGCGGGUCGAUGAUGCCAUGGCUGUGUUUGACCGCAUGUGCCUCGCUGCUGUUGCUGCUAGGGGUAGUGAAGGGAGGGGAGGUGAUCAGGAGGGUGUGCCUGGUGCUGGUGGUGGUGGUGCUGCUGUAGCUGCUGUUUCUCCUGAUGCAUCUGGGAGGGCCUUCUUGAAGGCCCCAAAUGGUUUGAAAGUUUCUGCUUCUAUACCUGGAGCUGCAACAGCAGCAGCAGCAGGGGCGAGAGCUACUUGCACCAACGCUGCUGCCCAAGUGGUGACAGCUGCGCCAGCACCCUUUCCUACUGCUGCCUCCGCUACCACCUCCCGUCCUUCCCCUCCCUCCAUCUGGCCGGGACCAGACAUAACCACGUACAGCCUGGCGAUCCACCUCCUCAGCACUGCAGGCCGCUUGUCAGAAGCAGAAGAUACCUUUGAAGCGAUGAUAGUUGCGGGUAUAGAGCCGGACAUAGUAGCAUGGUCCACCAUGGUGCAGAUGUGGGCCAAGGAGGCAAAACCCGAGCGGGCGGCGAUGUGGUUUAAACGCAUGGCAGCGGCGGGGUGCCGGCCGGAAACCCCGGCGUACAAUUCGCUCAUUUGGGCGUUCGUGAGCCGCGGCAUGUUUGACGAAGCUGGGGAGGUGCUGGGUGCGCUCAAACACGGGUGGGACCUGGUGGGGCCAGGAGAGGGGCAGGACGGGAAUCAAAUCGGUAUUGGUUCAGCUUAUAAGAUGUCCGAAUGCACUGGUGGGCUAGUGGAAAGGAGUGGGAGUGAAGGGGCUGCAAAGGUGGCGGAUAAAAGGUCCAAUUCCACGUCUGGCCUUGCCCCGAACCUGAUGACGUACACCAUGCUUCUGAGCGCAUGCACCGUGUCCGACGAUCGCAGUGAGGUGAUUCAGCUGAUGCGACUGAUGCAGGCCACAGAGCAUCCCGCCCACUCCAUCUUCCAACUGCUUAUAGAGGAUUCGUUCGAGCCUAGUUCCGCAGCGGUCGCUGAGUUGACUUCCGAGGCGGUGGCCCAGUUGACUCCCAUAGCUGAGACUGACAUGGAGAGUGAAGGUGUGGUUGUAGAGAGGGAAAGGGUUAUUGUUGAAGGGAAUGAGGGGGCAAGUGCGGUGGGUGGUGAUAGGGAAGUGGAGAGGGACGCAGUUGCAGGAGUAAAGGAGAGGGGUCUGUUGGACUUAGUGGUGAGGGGGUUGUGGGGGAAGGAGUGUGUGGCGGAUCGGUGGAGUGGGGUGGUGGGCCAGGAGGUUGGGAGCGGUUUGAAGGCUGAAGGUUCGGGGGUAGCAAGGGAAGGGGAACAUAGUGACUCGAGGAGAUGGGGAGAGGGAGAAAGUGAGGAGGGUGGUGAGAGAGAGGUAGGGAGGUGCGCGAUUGCAGGGGUGCUGGAGAGGGGUUUGGUUGAGGUGGAGCGUGCCUUUGCUGACUCAUCCAUCUCCUUCUUGCAUAAAUUUGGGCGGCACGAUCGGGCAGCCCGCAUGUGGGACCUGUGUUACACGCAGCUGCAGCUGUACCCGAACAGUGUUCGGCUGCCCGCGAUUUACGGGCGGCAUGGAAGAUGUUCCGUGGACCUGCAUGGCAUGUCAGCAGGUACAGCAGUGACAGUGACCCGGUGGGCGUUGGAGAAGAUGCGGCAGGCUGUGGUGGCCUCUGCUGCUUCAGGUGCUUCUUCAGGUGCUGCUUCAGGUGCUUCUGGCUCAUCACUUGGAGUAUCAAUGGCAGCAGGAGGGGGGGGAGCCGACUUCAUGUCAGGGGCAGAGGAUUCAGAAGAGGAUUCAAAAGAGGAUUCAGAAGAGGAUUCAGAGGAUGAUGAAGAGGGAUCAGCAACAGGUAGUCUGGAGCUAGCAGGAGAAUCUUUGGGUGAAGGACGGUUGCAGUGGCGGCGGCCGGGGAAGGUGGAGGUGGUGACGGGGUGGGGCAAGCGCAGCCGGGUGCAGGGGGCGUCGCUGGUGAAGGCAGCGGUGGAGGCGCUGCUGCUGAGGGACCUCACAGCGCCCUUCUCCCUCCACCGCUUCCACCCCGGCUCCUACGAGGCCUCUGGUGCUGAUCUUGAGGCCUGGCUUCUCACGCCAGGGCUGGCGAGGGCGGAGGAGGAGAUGAGGGAGGAUGGGUGUGGCGAGAAUGCAUACACGCUGCAGGCACUCGCUGCCGUGUACGCUCGUGCUGGCAGGUUUGAGGAGGCUCAUGCGACGCUGGCUGACGUGGAUCAUCGGGGAUUUUCAGAUGGCCGCUCUAUUGCUGGGGCUCAAAUGGACGUGCUAUUCCGCAUGGGCCGGUACCGCGAUGUGAUCAAGACGUUUAAUGAGAUGCGCAGGGCGGGGGACACACCUGACGAGUUUAUCUACAACGCUGCCAUUUCCUGCCACGGCCGUCUCAACAACAGUGUUGCAGCUGAGGCCGUGUUCAAGGAGAUGAUUUCGCGGGGGAUGGCACCCAAUGUGCAUUCUGCGAAUACUCUCAUGGACGUGCUUGGCACGGCCGGCAGAAUUGACGAUGCAAUGGCAGUUUUUGACCGCAUGUGCCUGGCUGCUGUUGCUGCUCGGACAAGUCAGGGAGGAGGAGGAGGAGAAAGACAGAAGGGUUGGGAAAGAAACACAAGAGAAGGGGCGAACUUGUGGCCUGCCCCGGACAUGCUCACCUACAGGGCGGCAACUAACCUGCUCGGCAUUGCGGGCCGGCUGUCAGAAGCAGAGGCCACGUUUGAGGCGAUGCUGGUGGCGGGGAUGCAGCCGGACGCCAUGGCAUGGGCCAUCAUGGUGCAGAUGUGGGCCAAGGCUGGCAACCCCGAGCGCACGGCCGCAUGGUUCAAGCGCAUGGUGCUCGCGGGGUGCCCUCCCAACGCGUCGGCAUACAACGCGUUGCUGCUCGCGUUUGUGAGCGAGGGAAUGUUUGACGAAGCAGAGGAGGUGCUCUUUGCGUUCAAAAACGGGUGGGAUCUGGUGGGGCAGAUGGGGGUAACGCCAGGAGGUGAAAAGCACACGGAUCUCGGCAAGCACAAGGCAGAGCAAAUCCCAGUCCCAGGUGGCACAGGCGGAAGCAUGGGUGGCGAAGGCCGUGUACGGCCAGGCCGGGCUGUGAAGCUGGUACGAGGGAAGCUCCUCAAGCUGACCGCUGGCGAGCGCCCUGACCUGAUGACCUACACCAUGCUGCUCAAUGCUUGCAUCGCCUGCACUGUCCACCAUGGUGUGGCCCGGUUGAUGCGGCUGAUGGAAGAGACAGAGCACCCCGCCCAUGCUGUGUUCCAGCUGCUCUUGGAAGGGGUUGAGGGGGCUCAGACUGUGUGUCGCGGAGUUGUGGAGGAGGUUCGGAGUGAGGGAAGCUGUGAGAGAGGGUGUGAGGGAGGGAGUGAGGACUGGAGUAGAGGGAGUGAGGGGGCUGCCUUUUCUGCGUCAUGCAUUGAAUUCUUGCAUAAGUUUGGGCAGCACGAGCGGGCAGCCCGCAUGUGGGACCUCUGCCACACGCGGCUGCAGCUGUUCCCUAACACCGUUUGGCUGCCCACAAUUCAUGGGCAGCAUGGGAACUGUUUGUUGGACCUGCAUGGCAUGUCAGCAGGGACAGCAGUGACAGUGACCAAGUGGGCGCUGGAGAAGAUGCGGCAGGCUUUGGUGGCCUCUGCUGCUUCAGGUGCUUCUUCAGGUGUUUUUGAGUCAUCGGUGGGAAUGGCAAGGGGAACAGGAGCAGGAGGAACCAAUCUCGCAGUGGGGCCGGUGCAUCCCGAAGAGGAAUCAGAGUGUGAUAAAGAGGGAGCUGCAUCAGGUGAUUCGGACCAAACAGAAGCAUCGUUGGGCGGAUCACGGCUGACAUGGCAGAGGCCGUCCAAGGUAGCGGUGGUGACGGGGUGGGGCAAGCGCAGCCGGGUGCAGGGGGCGUCGCUGGUGAAGGCAGCGGUGGAGGUGCUGCUGCUGAGGGACCUCACAGCGCCCUUCUCCCUCCACCGCUUCCACCCCGGCUCCUAUGAGGCCUCUGGUGCUGACCUUGAGCAGUGGCUGCUCACGCCAGGUGUCGAUCAAGGGCCGGAACAUCGUCAUCCUGAUGAACAACGCGAAGGCGCCGAGACGGAGGACCUCUUUGGGUUCCGCACGCGCAAGCUCAGCAACUUGCGCAUUGUUUACCUGCCGCCCAACACCACUUGCUCCACCCAGCCCCUCGAUCAGGGGAUCAUUGCUACGGCGAAGGCGAGGUAUCGGGCGCACUGGCUGACUGUGUUCACUGCGCAGUGGGCGGAGAGCGGCGCCACGUCGGCGAUGGCUCGGUACAAGCCGAACCUCCGUGACGUGCUCGCCUGGCUGCUCGAUGCAUGGAUGAACAUCGAGCGUCGCACCAUUCAGCGCUGCUGGUGGCGCACCGAGUGCCUCCCGCGUGCAUGGGAGAUGCAGCUUGAGCAUGUGGUCAAUGGCGGCAACGGCGGCAACGGCGGCCCCACCGAGCUCGAAGAGGUAGUGGGCGACGUGGGGAUCCUCAUCGAUCGCCUUGCCCUCGGCCCGUCGGCGAUGCCUGCCGCGGACUUCGUACGCAUCGACAUAAAUCAGCCGACUUGCACCGAGCCGGGCGAGGACCCGCUAGCUACGGAGCCGCCGUCCUUGCCGCCUGCCGAGAUGUGGGAUGCCCCGGCCAGCAUGCAAGUCGUCUAUGACGACGCCAAUCCGGCUUGCCGCGAGGCACGGCGCUACACCUGCGCCGCAAGCGAGAUGCUCAUCGGCUACGCGAAGUCCACCGGCAUCACACCACGUUACCUCUGCGCGCUGUUCGAGAUCCGCAACCCCAUCAUCAGGGCCCGGAUGGAGCGCGCAAGUCCGGCGCUCAACCUGAACAGCACCCCGCCUCCCGCCAUGCCCCUGGGCGCCACCCCGCCGGCUGAGACACCUCGUCGCCGUGGGCGUGUGCUGCCGGUGUGGAUGACGGCGCCGACCCCGGAGUGGGUCACUCUGGCUCGGCAGGCGGCUCGCCGCCAGGAGCUCAUCGACGGAGGAGCGCCGGUUGUGAUGGGCGGCUUCCUGGAUGCCGCCGAGUGGAUGCGGCUUUCGUAUAACCGAGCAACAGCAGCAGCAGCAGCACCGCCAUCAGCUGCCGCUGCUCCUGCCAGCACCCACUCUAGAGGCUUCACGCGGAGGGCAGAGAGACGGAGGCCUCUGGCAGCAGCAGGCGCAGCUGCUGCUGAACCGGUGACGCCACCAGCGCUGCUGGAACCCGCUUGUCCAACUUCACCUGCAGCAGCAGCAGCAUCAGAAGCAGGAGAGACGGUUCGAGCAGCGGGAGCAGCAGAGGUGUGUAUUAGAGAUGCAGGAGAGGUGAGCUGGCAGAGGGAGCCUUGGAAUGGGAUGGCGGACGGAGCAACAGGAGGAAACCGGCAGGGGAGAUGGGGAGAGGAUGGAAGUGGAGGAGAGAGAGCAUAUGGGGAGGGGGAAGCAGCAGGUGCUGCUGCAGAGAGAGCAGCAGAGAGGAGGAAGUUCGAAGCAGCUGAGAAGGAAUGGAACAGGAGCAUGGUGGCCUUGCUUCUCAACAUGCUCAAUUCCCUCCAAACUUCCCGGCCCUCUUCGGCUUCUCCUGCUGGCCUGAGAAACAGGGAAGAGGAGUCGAGAGGCGGGCAUUCCAACAACAGCACGUAUAGCGCACCCUUUCCGUUGGGCCACAACUCACCGGGUCAGGUGACGGCUUACCAUGUGACAGAGGUGCUUCGAACGCUAUGGGACGCUUACGCCGGUCUGGCCUUGUUCCGGUGGGCCAAGGACGUGCAGCAGAUGAAGCCGGACACGUAUGUGUAUUCGAGCAUCUUUGGGCUGCUGGGCCGGGCGAGGGACGUGACGAAUCUGAAGGAGAUUUUGGAGGAGAUGAGGGAGGACGGGUGCGAGCACAACGCCUUCACUCUGCAGGCAUUGGCCGCUGCUUAUGCCCAUUCUGGGAGAUUUGAGCAGGCUCUCACCACGCUGGCUGAGAUGAAACAUCGAGGCUUUCCAGACAACGCUGUCACAAUUGGGACGUUCAGAGAGGUGCGGGAUGCGGGCCACAAGCUGGACAGCAUCAGCUACAAUAUUGCAAUCACAUGCUACGGCCGCCUUAACAACACUUACGGGGCUGAGGUGGCGUUUAAGGAGAUGAUUUCCCGCAGGGUGCAGCCUAACGGGCGCUCUGCCAACAUCCUUAUGAACAUGUAUGGUUCAGCUGGCAGGAUUGAUGAUGCCAUGGCGGUUUUUGACCGCAUGUGCCUGGCUGCUGUUGCUGCUGGGCCAGACGCCGUGGCAUGGGCCACCAUGGUGCUCAUGUGGGCCAAGGCUGGCAACCCCGAGCGUGCGGCCAUGUGGUUCGACCGCAUGUUGCAGGCAGGGUGCCCGCCCAAUGCAGCGGCGUACAGUGCGCUGCUGCUCGCGUUUGUACGGGCGGGGAUGUUUGACGAAGCAGAGGAUGUGCUGUCUGAGUAUAAGCAUGGAUGGGACUUAAUGGGGCACGUGCGGGUGCUAGAAGCUAAUCCUUCUAGGUCAGACGAAUGCAAGCCUGCCCCAUUUGCAGUUCCAACAGGGCCCUGGGCCAAUAGUGACAGUGAUGUCCUCUGGUCAGGCCAAGCAGUAAGCCAGAUGGGAGGCAAGACUCCCAAUGUGCUGGUCAGUGAAGCUCCCCAUUUGAUGACCUACGUGAUGCUGGUCAAUGAGUGCAUGGUGUGUACAGCUGGCAGUGCUGUGAGUCGGAUGCUGCGGCUGAUGGAAGCCACGGAGCAUCCUGCACACGCUGUACUCCAGCUGCUCUUACAGGGCCCUGAGGCGUGUCCCGAAGUGUCCCACCUGUUUGUGGAGGAGGCCAGGAGUGAGGGAGGGAGUUUAUUGGAGGUGGAAUUGAGGGAAGUGGAGAGCCCAGGACCACCUCUCACAUUGUCACACCUGUUUGUGGAGGGUGCUGGAAGUGGUGCUGGGAAGGCAUGCAUUGCCUUCUUGCAUAAAUUUGGCCGUCAUGAGGAGGCAGCUCGCAUGUGGGACCUCUGCCACACGCGACUACAGCUGUUCCCUAACAUUGUUCGGCUUCCCGCGAUUUACGGGCGGAAGGGGAAAUGCUUGUUGGAUCUGCAUGGUGUGUCAGCAGGCACGGCAGUGACAGUGACCCGGUGGGCAUUGGAAAAGAUGCGGCAGGCUGUAGUGGCCUCAGCUGCUUCAGGUGCUUCAUCAGGUGCUUUCGAUUCAUCGUUAGGAGUAGCAGGAGGAACUGAUUUCACAGUAGAAGCAGUGGAUUUAGCAGAGAAUAACGAGGAUGUUGAAGAGGGAGCUGCACUGUUGAAUGUGGAGCCAACAGAAGCAUCCUUGAGCGAAUUAGGGGUGCAGUGGCGGCGGCCGGGGAAGGUGGAGGUGGUGACGGGGUGGGGCAAGCGCAGCCGGGUGCAGGGGGCGUCGCUGGUGAAGGCAGCUGUGGAGGCGCUGCUGCUGAGGGACCUCACAGCGCCCUUCUCCCUCCACCGCUUCCACCCCGGCUCUUAUGAGGCCUCCGGUGCUGAUCUUGAGGCCUGGCUGCUCAUGCCAGGUGUUGAUCAGCUAUUGGCUCCCAAAAAUGAGGACUGA